AUGGCGGCGUAUGCACUGUUAUUCGUGGUAGCUUUAUGGGCAGGCGCCGCUAUGGCAGGAGCCUCGUUCCUCUCCGGCUCUCUGACAUGGGACAGAGUUGGAGCCACACCUCAGCUGUUAUCUCCUUCCUGUGAUGGGCUGGUCGCAGGAGGGGAAGGAAGUUUCGCUCCAAACUCGUGUGCCAGGAACUUCGGCAAAGUCGUUCUCACAGCGAGGAUGGUGGUAACAGACACAGCGAUAGGGGGAACACCGACAGCCGGGCAGCAGGUUGUUCUCAAUGGAGUCACGCUUGAUUAUGGAGAUGGAACAAGCUCUUCGAGCUUGCCCUUCCUAGUACAAGCUGUCGGCCAGACGGUAGUGAACGGCGUUUCCCUUGUCUCUGUUCAGCUAGUGUCAAGGAGCUACCAUAGCUAUGAAGGAGUCCAGCAGCCAACACUGACAGCAUCCGUCAAGAGCACGGUGCUCAAGAGGUUCAUCAGGUGCAGCAGUGGGGUCACAUCGACCUGCCUUGCUCCUUACAUAGAUGCGUCGACUGUCGAUUCAUGCGCAACCAGUAGAGUGGAUCUCGCCAACACCAAUGUGAUUCUUGAAACAACGAUCUCCCUCAUUGGAUGCCAAGCGUGUCUUCCUGACUAUGACCCGCGUGCGAUUGAGUACUCCGUGUUUCCAGCAACAAACCACCAUUCUCCGUCUUCAGCAAUGCUUCCUGUUGUAACCAUUCCUGCUCUCAGCGACAAGACACAGUCAGUGUCUUUCAUAAUCCCUGGUGUGGAUGAGGAUGGAGCGAGCAGGUCCAGGAGCUGUUCAUCAAGUUGCAACAACGUGGUCACGGUCUGGGACGUCAACUCGACCUCUCUCAGUGGAAACAUCUUGUCCUGCAACUCCGAUCCUGUCGCAUCUCCUCUGAAUGAAGGUGAGUGGACUCUCCAGGCCAACGACGUCAAGGACGGAGGAGGAGCAGUUGCCACCCUUCAAGGCCCCCUCCAAGGCCCUGCCAACUCUCUCUAUCUCCUUCGAGUGAAGCUCAGAGAUGUGCUGGGCGUUUCUUCGGCCUUGGAAGUUGUCUUCAGGGUCUGCAGUGACAUCACAAAUUUCUUUGCGGAUUCUACGGGAAUCCGUUUGCUGAAUAACCAGGGCCAUCUCCCUCCUGUGCUGGUGAGAUUGAACCCUUGGCACUCGCCGAUGCCGAGGAGGAUCGAGUGCGUUGUGGGAUCUCCUUGCACAUUCGAGUUUGGGGCAGCAGCGUAUGACUCCUCGGUCAGCAGUCUGCUGGGAAGGAACAGGAGCUGCUCGUGGGGUCUCUCUGACGCCAAUACCCUGGGCUCUCAGAGCACAAAGUGCGUUGACAACAUGCGGACCCUUGCAGGUGGGGAGCAGGUGGAGGUAGACGUCUCGCAGGCGUCCAUCCAAGGGUGCAUCAAUGCGACUUUCUCGCGCGAGUUGAACGAGUCCAACUGCCACGUCAUCGAGGAGGUUCAGACAGGGCAGACCAACCUCGUACGCAGGAGGGUGCACAUCUUCGGCGGUCGGAGGAGUCACAGCUACCCGGUCGAGUAUGACAUUGGCAAACGCUUCUCCCUCUGCUUCCAGGCUCGCUCCUGCUCUACCUGCUGCUACGGCCCACCAGCCUGCGUCAGCGUCGAGGUGGUCGGGAGACCGCCGCAGAUCACAAGUCCAGCCUGCUGGAUCGAGAGCAGCUCAGCUACUGACGUGUCUCCUGGUUCCCCCGACCUACCUUCCAGCCCAGCUCAGUACGCGUCAAAUGUCGACCCGAUGAUGUACUUGUUUUCAGCUUCUGACCCUGACAUGGGCGAUACCGUGACUAUGAGCUUCCUGUCUGACACAUCCAUCUCCACCAUCUUCCAGUUUGGCUCUCCGACAGUGUCCACGUCACCGCUCACCCUCCACCUCAACUCCAGCUGCAACUCAUCCCAGCCAUUCCUCCUCGCGGACGCGUGCAGAUUCGGCUCGCUCUUUCUCAACGUGAGUGUCGCUCACAAGGACGGCUUCCCUUCCCCUCUCCUCUUCGACUCCGACUCGUCCUCUUCCUUCGCGGCUUUCGCGUCCGACCAGACCGUCUGCUUCCUUGCUACCGACAACCAGGUGGGGAGAGAUGGUGAACUCCGGAGCUCUGCGGCUGAUGAUGCUCAGGCGCUGGUGUGGGGGAGGGGUCUUAACAGCUCCGAGUUGCGAUGCCAUAACAUCAAGUUCCAGGGGCCUCCCAUGUUCGUGACCAGCAGAGCAGACCCUCUAGAGUCUCCCUACUUGACCUCGGAUGUCACCGGUUUCGGCGUCGGCGUCGCGCAGCUGGACAUGCUGGUGGGGCAGGAGAUAUCCUUCACUCUCCGCGCUCGCGACCCCAACACUGAGGAUCAAGUUUCCAUCCUCCUUAUGGAGAACCCUGGGAUCCCAAUGUACUCGCGGCUGACGCCAGCGACCUGUGUGUACAACUUGAGCUCGACGUCAGCUGGGGUGGGAGGGUCAGGAUGCUCGGAUGUGAGGAGCAGCUUCUCGUGGGUGCCACCGGAGGACUCGUCAGGGAAGGUUUUCAGGGUUUGCUUCAUUGCUAAAGACAACAGCAUCCAGUGCAACAAGUUGCAGAGCAGCGAGCUGACGGGAGGAGGACGACGAGCGACAUCCCUAGGCUUCUACAGCCACUCCCUCUGUGUUGAUAUGCACGUGACAGCGGCUGAGGUGACCUGGCUGCCUGGAACAGCUGGGGGAGAACAGGCGGUGCAGGUGGUGACCUACGUCGGCUGCCAUACCCAGUUCGCCUUCCUUGCCGCGGCUGGGCGGUACAACGCAACGAUCCUCGUGGCGGACAACCAGCAGCUGCAGGAAUGGAUGCAACUCUCAAUCACCCGAGCUGAGAACUUCACUCGUGGUGAGCUGGACGUCUCUCCACCUCGGGGAACCGAAGGCUCCUCCUUCCUCCUCUGCCUGGUCGCUGCAGGAGUGGGGACAGGGGAGUACACGGGGCUGAUCAAGUCGCAAGGAGGAAACCUGUUGACUAGCAGGAGGUGUUUGUCAAUCGAGAUCCAGAAGUGCAAGUAUUGUGUCAACCCAGAGGAGACACUCCUGUCAAAGAUGAAGAGCUUCUCCAUCGACGUGAACUGGAUGCGAUUGUUCUCGAUGAAUGCCGUCGACGAUUCCGAUCCCAACACACAACGCAUCUUCCAUCCGGACCUGCUGUCAACUCAAGGAGUGCAGUCGAUAAUCAACGUCGGCCUGAGCUAUGAGCUCAUUCUCAACCUCAACCCUGACCUUGUCGACGCUCUGUCACUCCCAGGACAAGCAAUCUGUCUGAUCCCAUGCUCCUCGUGA